AUGCCGCCCAGGAAACGAGGGCGCGGUGGCGCGCACGCUGCCACUGCUGCCACACCGGCACGCGACGACGACAAAAUGGACAUUGACACGCCUAGACCCGAUGACACCAAGAGCGCAUCCCCGGAGAAGUCGUCCGCCAUCGAUCCAAACGAUUGCUGGACGGACGACCAGGUGGCCUCGCUGUUCAAGGGUGUCAUCCGCUGGAAACCUGCCGGCAUGCACAAGCAUUUUCGGAUGCUUGCUAUAUCAGAACACUUGCGGAACCAUGGCUUCGACCCCGAUUAUCACAGACACACGCGCAUCCCGAACAUUUGGAAGAAGCUCGGCACCUACUACAAUCUCCAGGCCAUCGACGAGCGCGAGAGCUUUGACGACGAUGAACCCGACGACAGAUAUCUCGAUUUUCAGCUACCGCUUCCCAACUUCUUCGACGCGAUCAUGGAGCGUGCCAAGGCGGACCCCAGCGAAACAAGAUCGUCUCCAGCAACAUUUGACCCCGAAGGACCAAUCCCUUCCUCGCCGCCCAAGAAACGGAAACGCGCAGGCACUGGGUCAAGGACCAGGGGGGUAUCACGGGAGGAUACUGAGGAGGUUUCGGUCGCGCACAACGAAAAACCGGCCGGACGGAGGUCUCGUGGACGCACCAGGGCGGCCAGCAACGCUGCCAAGGCAGAGAAGGCCGAGUCAACGGAGGACGAGGACGAGGAGGAAGAAGAGGACAGCGAGGAUCAGGAUGGAGACUCGAGUCAAGAGGAGAAUCACAGUGAUGAGGAAACUGCAGCGACGCCGUCGGCCAGGCCCACCCGAGGGGGCAGACCACGCGGGCGAGGCCGAGGUAGGGGCGGGCGCCGGCGUGGCCGAUGA